AUGGCGACGGCACAUGGUGAACAUGCAGAAGCUCGCGCGCACGUUCUAGGGAAAGGUGUCGACGAAGAAUCUGAAGCACCUUGUGGGGAUGAGGAAGCAGUACUGGUGACCGCGUCCUCUCCGGGUCAUCCAGCAACAAAGGGAGAACAACCCGUCAAUAUAAGCAGAUUCGAUACGUUGGAUGGGCUCCGCGGGAUCGGUUGCUUGUUGGUUGUGGCCUACCAUCUCCGGCUGGGUGUAAACAGCGCUUGGAUUUGCAUCGGGGUGUUCUUUUCGCUUUCAGGGUUUCUCAUGACAUCGCAAGCGUUACGUACGCAAGCCAAACAUGGCGAAUUUAACGUCUUCAUUUUCUGGAAGCGGCGUGUGGCGCGGCUUAUCCCAGCUUUGAUGCUUACAGUCGCUAGCAUCGCGUGCGCGACCUUGAUAGAGAAGGCGAUCACAGGAGAGCAGGACCCGAUUGCAUCAUACUACCUUCGCAAAGACCUGCUGUACACGAUUGCUUAUGGGCAGAAUUGGAAUCUGAUCUCUCAGCAGCAAGACUAUUUUUCAGACCCGAAGCCGUCGGUGGUGCGCCAUGUGUGGAGUCUUUCCAUUGAGGAGCAGUACUACAUCCUGUGGCCCCUUCUUUUUCAAGCGAUUCAGCGUGCGGCCACCUUCGUGACCGCCAGCAAGGGGCGUGAGAGCAGCGUGCCUGAACCGGACCCGGCAAUGUCUCCGUCAAUGUCCACACCGGCAAUGCGGUUUUUGUUGAAAGCCUUACUAUCUUUUGAACUCGUGGCGAUUACCUUCUCACAAUAUAUCUGCAAAUACGUGUACGAGACUCAGGGUGGAUCUGCUGCAUAUUACGCGAGUUGGACACGAGCUGGCGAAUUUGCCGUCGGCGGCUUGGUUGCUUGCUGCUUUCACCUCUCGCCGUGGAUCAACGAACAAAUAUCGCGCUCACCAGAACGCCCUCCGAUGAGCACACUCCUCCGCAUCACGUUGGAAGUUGCAGGCGCUGUCGCCUUUGUGACUCUUGUGGGAUGUAGUAUGAUAUCUGUGCCUCAAGAUGUUCUAAUGGAUCACUAUGUCCGUUGGCUCAGGCUUCCGGUGGCCUUUGUAAUUACGUUCUGUGCCAUUGCUCAGGUGUUGCAAACUAGUGAGCCGUUGCCGCCGUGGGCGAUUUUCACAAAAUUCGCGGGCAGCCGUUCAUUAGGGGCGGCGGAUUCUGUGGUAUCAUAUCAUACGGCUUGUACCUCGUACAUUGGGUUCUCAUAG